AUGGAUGAGUCAUCAGAGGUUCGAACAGAUGGCAAUUCUCUGCUAAAGGCAGUGUGUCUGAGUCGGCUGCGUCUGACUCGGCUGCUCUUGGAAGGCGGGGCCUACAUAAAUGAGAGUAACGAACAUGGAGAGACACCGCUCAUGGUAGCCUGCAAGACACGUCACACAGAUUCCCAGAGUGUACCCAAACACAAGAUGGUUUUGUAUCUUUUGGAAAGUGGAGCUGAUCCAAACAUCCAAGACAAGACAGGGAAAACGGCUCUGAUGCACGCAUGCCUCGAACAAGCUGGAGCUGAAAUCCUUUCACUUCUUCUGAGCAGUGGAGCUGAUCCAACCCUGGAGGAUCACACAGGAUUAUCAGCAUUGGUUUAUGCAGUCAAUUCAGGAAACAGGGAUGUCCUGAGGGUCCUCCUGGAUGCCUGCAAGGUGAAGGGUAAAGAAGUUAUCAUCAUCACCACCAACAAACUGCCAUCUGGCCAUCAGGUGACUAAACAGUACCUCAAUGUUCCCCCACCUCCUGACCUCGAGGAGCGUCUCCAUUACACUCCACCUUGUUGCAUGUCUGCAUAUGAGGUCCAGCUGCAAAAUUCUCCACAGGGCUCCUCAGUGGGUGCUUCCCCUUUUCUGGGCCACAGGGAUUCCAAGUGUUUAUGCUCAGGGCCUGGCAUAGUCAUAUCUCAACCAGGUUCUCCAAUCCAACAUCCUAGUCCUUUAUGUGUUCCUACAGUGGAUAAGCGACUUAAUCUCCACAGACAUUCGGAGCCUCGGACCAAAACUCCUUCCCUGCUGCUCCAGCAGAGCCAGACCUGCUCCCUGACGGAGGAGCCAGUCGAAGUUACAGCUGAGGAGGAUUGGUCUCUCAGAUUCACGAGCUUUGCUAUCCAUGGAAGACCUCCUGCUGUAUCACUUCACCACAGUAUCGAUGUCAACGACACAACAGGGCUACUGAAAGCACAAGAGAACAUGCUAGGACAUGAGAAUAGGGGAGGAGGUGGAAGAAGAGGCUUUGGUAGAAAGAUGUCAUAUGACAGUGCUGCAAGUUCACUGCAUUUUACUUCACACCCAAACCUGCAUCAGGACAGUGUCCCCUUUCCUCAUGAAUCCAGUCCUGAGGAUGAAGAUUCCUCCCUCUGUCUUAGACAACUGAAUGUUUCAAGUCUAAAAAAUGUGGUCCGUCGGCGGAACAUUGGUAUGAACCACUACAGUUCAGACUCUCAGUUACCACAGUUUGGCAGCAGAGAAAAUAGCACCAAGAACAGUGGUGGAGCUGGAGUGGGAUCGGGAAGGCACAAGUUAGUAAACAGCAGGUCCUCCACUCUCUCAGGAUCCAGGGAGUCCUUUGAUAGCUCAGCCCAGAGACGAGACACAGCCAGGCUUGAGCGUAGAGGCUCAGGGACCUAUCUUCUGGAUCACAUUGCCCACACUCGCCCUGGAUACCUUCCUCCCCUGAAUCCCCAUGCUCCCAUACCUGAUAUCGGGGUCAGCUCUAGCACUUCCCACCCUUUGAGUGGAAGUAGUAAGACGCUGAAUGGUGUAAAUACAGGGUCAAAGCCUAUUCUACCAUGUGCACCUGUUUUUCCAAGGAAUCUAAAAGCCAAGAAAAUGAUGUGGAGACGCCACUCAAUGCAGAGUGAGCAGAUAAACCAGCUGGUCGACUUUGAGGUAACUUUUGGCCACUAG